CGGGAUGGGAGAUUCCAGAACAAAGACGUGUGGUCAAAACCUGGCAAGUCUCACACAGUGAUCAUCAGCUGCCGCCAGAUACACACACGCAUCCCCUAAUAAUACUAUGUUAAAUAGAAAUCUCCGUCAUGUUCCAUGGCCGGGACCGUCCCCGAAGCCGAGGCUGGCUUAUGUACCUACUCCCAGGCCAUACCGCGGGGGUUCGGAAAAGGCGGGGCGCUCGCCUCCAUCCGCUUCCAUCGGCUCCCAUUUCCAUUCCCAGCAACUCCCCGGCCUGGCCUCACCACUCACUCUCCCGCUGACACCGCCGCUUCUGACCCGAACUCGCGACGAGCCGGCCACGAGAAACCGACAAAAGGGGCGCCGCCGUGUCUGUGUUUAGCAUUGUUCGUGGGCGUCUCCUCGGCCGCGACCGGUGAAUCCGUCCCUCCCCCCCCCCCCCGCGCGCUGCGGCAUUGAGAUGCUCUAAGCCCCUCCGAUCCCGCCGCCCCGACCCGACACUAUGGAUGCUUCUCGAUUGAACGGCGUCGCAAACGGCGUCGCGACCCUGAAUGCAGACCGCACCCUCCCGGACAUAUGCCAUACG